GAGUCUAUGUGUUCUCACGGAACACGUGUACUUAUAUUGUCGUCUGACCACUUGUAGCUACAGACGAUAAAUCAUAACCAACUUUGGUCGUACAGAAAAAUGACUUUAAUAUAUUUCACUCCUGUUAUAGCGUUUUUGUUGUACCGGACAACUAAUAAUUGGAAAGCUUCGGUUGCGUGCUUUUUAUAUCUGGCUACAUUAACAUGGCUUGGUGUAUUUCAAACACUGCUGUCAGUGUCAUUGACUGUUGUUUUCAUGUUUAUGUUGUUCCAAUACAUGCACACAGAGAUUCCUGAAGGGGUUAAAGAAGUAUGGGGUGCUCGUAUCUUAGAUACAGCUCUCCGUACAAACGGAAAGUUUAUACUUUCCUUGCAUAAUUUUGGUAUAACCGGAGGAUGUUGUCGACCUACAAGAAAGCUCGUGAACGUUGUGCUGACAACAUUAAUCACUGGUAGACCGUUCGGGCUGGGUCCAGAUCCAGAACUAGAGAUAUACGAUAUGGAAGUUGAUGGUGUAAGUGUACGAGUAUAUGACCCUGUAAACACCAGUGGUUCUAAACGCCCAGUUCUCGUGUAUUAUCAUGGUGGCGGAUGGUCAUGGCUUAAUGUCGAUGUUUACGAUCCAGCGACAAGAGAACUUGCCAAGAAAGUGGGAAUGGUUGUUGUUUCAGUCAAUUACCGACAGUCUCCAGAGCAUCCACAUCCAAUCCCAUUUAACGAUUGUUUAAAAGCAACUGAAUGGGUUCUAAAGAACCCAACAAAGCUAAAAAUAGACUCUACACGCGUAGCAAUAUCAGGAGACAGCGCUGGUGGACAUCUAACCGCGGCAGUUUCGUUACGCCUUAAAAAGAAGAUCAAAAUCCAAAUUCCUAUCUAUCCAUGUCUGCAACUUUUUGAUUUGCAAACACCUUCUUACAUUGAAAAUAAAGAUUUUAUCCCUGGAAUGUUAUGUGAUGUUUCCAUGCUUUCGUACUGGUUAAAUUACGGUAACAUUAGUUACGAGUACAUGGACAUGAUACUCGACAACCAACACACAUCACCAGCGUUAAAGAAGUCAAAAUAUGCAGACAACGUUUCUCCACGUUGGUACAUGAAAGAAUACAUUCGGUCAGAAAAGUUACGGGAAAUGGAGAAGGCAACAGACUCCGGCAAUGAAGCACUGUCUAAAACAGUGGAGAAAACAAUACUGGAUCCAUACUUCGCUCCUUUAAUGGCUGACGAGGAGGACUUCAAAGAUCUUCCUCAUACUUACGUUUUGACAGCAGGAUAUGAUGUUUUACGAGAUGAUGGUUUGAUGUAUUAUCAGCGCUGCAAGGCGGCUGGAGUUCGAGUACAUCUUGCUCAUUAUGAAGACGGGUUUCAUGGGAUGAUAUUUUUCUUUGCGGGACCGAUGCCUUUUAAAGUCGGUAUCCGGGCGAUGAACGAUCUUGUUAAAUUUCUGAAAGAAAAUUUGUAGUUAUUAAGUUUUCCAUUUUCUUUGCUAAUUAGUUGUUCAUCAGUCUCGGUGUUGACAUUUUAUGCGUAAUAUUGUGUUAAAGAACUCUUGCUUUUGAUUAAAUAACACGAAUUACAUUUGAUUUUUCCAGUUGUGUAUAUAAUAUCUAAAAGUUAAAAUGUUUUUCUUACUUGUUGGUUUAUUUCCUGAUAAAA